AUGUCUCUCUCAGCCGGCGUAAACCUCAACCAUGGCUUCACUUCCGGCUCCAUGGAUUGCAUCUUUGAGACACCGUCGCCGAACCAGAAAAGACGAAGCACAGAGGUAACUCAGAUCUGGGUGGGGUUAACUCAGGCGAAAAUCCUGCAAACCUCUCUCUCUUCUCAAGAGAAGAACACUCUUCACCUCCGAACUAGAUGUAAACAGGUUCCGAUCAGGACAAUUACGUUAUCGGAGAUGACAGAACAACUAAUGACAUCGAACCCUCCGGACCCACCCGACCCUCCCCACCCACCGGACUGUCGGCCCACCGCGGCCCACUCGCCUGCUCGUGACUACAAACCGUCAAAGAGAGAUCCGCAACGGCUUUUGGGUUAUCACCACCGCUAUUUCCUCACCGCUACCUUGCCUUCAUCUCAGUCUACGACUUCAACUCAUGCUCCGUCGACGACAAGACUCAUCCCCUCGCCGAGAUCUAAAGUCGCCUGUUGUCAAAGCUUUAGUCCUGACACGGGACUCAAACUUCCUCAGCCACCGACUUCAAUCUUGGCUCCAGCGACUGUGAAACCUCCCCCGUCGCUGACUUCCUCCUGCCCGGCGUCGAUCAAGAUUUUUCUCGCCACCGAUGAUAAAUCCAUUCCAACCUUCCUCGUGCGGCAUGAACAUGAGCCUCAUCCCAACUGCUCGAGACUUCCCCCCCCCCAACCUUAA